AUGUCAGUAAGGAUGUGUAGUCUCUAUACCUCACACUCACAUCUGCUGAUGUUUGCUGCAUUGUGGAGCCUCAGCUACCAGAGCGUGCUUGCUGCGGGGCCAGGCAUCAGUCGGAGCAAGCCCAAGGAACAGUUGGACCCGAAUGUAAGGGACUGGGGAGACUAUUCUGACCUUCCUCCAGGAGUAGAGCAGGGACUGGGGCUGCAUGAAGACAGAGAACAUGGACACAACAGAGGAGUUGGUGAAACAUCAUCAAGCCUGGCUCCAGAGCUGGAUUUCCUGGCUGAAUUUGCAGGUAAAAAGCGACUGUGGGUGAUAACAGCCCCAUCACACACUGAUCACUAUCUGCGUAUGAUGGAGAAACAGCUGGAAGACAUGGAGCAGAAACUGCUAAACUGUCGUCUCGCAGAGAGGGACACCUUCAUCAUCACCAUCAUCCAGAACGCCAUGAUGGAAGGUCGGAUACAGAAAACUACUUUCCAAGGAGAAGCCACCGUGGAGAGCCUCGACCCAGAUACAGUUACCAGGCUGCUGCACUAUCUGGAGCUUAACAGCCAGGGGCAAGCCUUCACGAUGCUGGUCCUGAAGAAAAAUCUGCGGGUCAGCGAGCGGUUCCCAUAUCCAGUCCGUGUUGAGGCGAUUUUGGAGCUCAUCGAUCAGUUCCCCAAGAGGAAGCUGGAGAAGAUGACCAGAUAUGGGGCCAAUUUAAGGUGUAUCACCACUAAAAAGAAGGUUGUCAUGAAAAGAAAAAAGAUUAAAAGGAAGAGGGUGCUGAGCCCUCAGAGGCAAGGAAAUGCGACGUCUUUGGUGGCCUUACCACGAAAACCUCCCAUGGACAAAAAGGCUGCCCUGAAAAGUAAAAUCCAAGACAUACUGAGUGGACGGUCAAGAUUUGUUAUUCGUAAAGCGCCUGCCGCAGGGUCCACAAGGGGAAAGGACUCCAGCAAUGGUGUCCAAACUGUCUCUAACAGACUGGAAAAAGCGAAAGAGAACAGUCCUCCAUCUGUGUCAAAGAGCGAUGAAGAGAGGAAGAAAAACAGUCCUGACCCCAGUGAGGAAGAAGGAAAGAAAACACAUGGAGAGAAAAAUGGCGAGGACAAAAAAGAACAAAAUGUAAAGGGCGACUCACAAGAAAAACAGGGCUCUAAGAAAAAGGGCAAAGGAAGAAAAGGAAAGAAAGGAAAAGGAAGAGGGAAGAAGUCAAAUAAAGAAGCCAGUGAGAAGGAUAAGAAAGCCUUGAAGGAGUUUUUGGACAGUUUUAAAGGAACAAGAAGACUGAUGCUGAUCUCAACACCCAGCAGAGACGCGACACUUUACGUCCAGCAGAAAGAAGAAAACGAAAAGUAUCACUGUGACCUCGCGAUCAGGAAGAUCACCGUGGUGACCAUAGAGGAAGGCAGCGUCGCCACGCUCACACUACAACACUACCACCUCGAGUCCGAGUCUCCACUCACUGACCUAUCCGAGACCUUUGAUUCAGGCCUGAUCUCCCUGUUGAGGGCAGAGCUCAGACUGUCGUCCUCUGACCUCUUUUCCAUGACUGUCACUGAUUACGACAUCAAGUCCGAUAGAGUCUUUGAAGCUCCACCGUCAAGCUCUGCUCUGUUUGAGUACAUAGACAACUUUUCUUCAAGGCACUCAGAAAAAGAAAAGGAGAGAGCGAGUCCACCAGUCUGCUCCAAAGACAAAGAGCCUGAAGAGGAGAAUUCCUUGCUCAGGUUCAUGUCUAAGAGAAGACUGCUGAUCAUCUCUGCUCCCUCUGAGGAUGACUACUCUUUCCAACAGCAGCUCUCUGCUAUCAGGGGACAGGAGUGUCACCUGGGUAUUCGACACUUUGUCAUGUUACAGCUGACUGGAACUGGGGACAAAGCCUCGGGAAAGGUUGAGUUAUUUCCUCUAAAUGGUCGCAGUCAGAGUGAGGUUGAGCCAUUAUCCCGCAUUAUGGUAAACAACAUGAGAGAACAGCUGAAGAUCAGCAAGGAGUACUUCAGCAUGCUGAUUGUGGGCAAAGACGGUGAUGUCAAGAUGUGGUUCCCGUCUCCCAUGUGGUCCCUGGAAAACAUUUACGACCUGGUGGACUCCAUGGAGCUUCGCCUGCAUGAGGAGAUGCUGCAGAAGAGACUCGGAAUCCACUGCCCUGAGGACAGGGGAAGAGGAGGCAGCGAGGCAGGACACUAUGGAGGCUAUGAUGAAGACAGGGUGGAGGAGAGAUACUGAUAUCCCUCAGAAGUGCAAUGAAAAAAGGGAUUUAAAAAGGAGGCAAUGGAGUGAUGUGACGUAAUGUAUAUGAAGCAUGGAACUUUUUUUACAUGACUGAUAAAUAAUGACUGACAGAAAACCCGUCUUCAGGACUUACAAGAUUCUAUGUAUUAUAUGUUUACAAGUAAUACAUUAGCCAAAUGGUCUAAUUCAAGAAAUCCUUCAGCUGAUAUUUAGAUCAUUUUGUGUUGUGUUAUUUUGUUGAUUAGAUGAGGAAGACAUGGAAUGUACACAAGUUCCUAUGAGUGUGCUUUUUAGCAAUAUGUAAGCUUUUCUAAACAUAUCCAGUAGUGUAAAGAAGAAAAGCAAAAAUGGGAGGAUUCUGUUCUACUAUAAUCAAAAUUGUAAUUUA